AUGGCCGACCAAUUCAAACCUCGCACUAUGAAACGCAAGAAUGUGAAGGGACUUGCUCUCAAUGCCGCUCCCAAAGCCACCUCCAAGCCGUCAGAACCCGAUGCUCAAAUCCCCGGAGCUCUUGGAAACACCGACAGCAAUCGCUCGGACACGCUCGAAAUCGGUCUCGAAUUCAAGCUCGAUCUACGCAGUGAGGACUUGGUAACGCUGAAGGAGGUCGGUGCAGGAAAUGGCGGGACCGUCGCAAAGGUCAUGCAUGCCACGACAAAAGUGGUCAUGGCUCGGAAGAUCAUCCGAGUGGAUGCGAAGGAAAACGUUCGAAAGCAGAUUGUCCGAGAAUUACAAGUCGGCCACGAUUGCAAUUCCCCGUAUAUUGUCACAUUUUACGGUGCCUUUCAAAAUGAAUCACGCGAUAUUGUGCUGUGCAUGGAAUAUAUGGACUGCGGCUCGCUUGACCGCAUCUCCAAAGAGUUUGGACCAGUUCGAAUCGACGUCUUGGGAAAAAUCACAGAAUCUAUUCUUGCCGGACUGGUUUAUCUCUAUGAAAACCACCGCAUCAUGCACCGUGACAUCAAACCGUCAAAUGUCUUAGUCAACUCUCGCGGAAACAUCAAGCUAUGCGAUUUUGGCGUGGCUACCGAGACUGUUAAUUCGGUUGCCGACACGUUUGUUGGCACAUCCACAUACAUGGCACCGGAACGUAUCCAGGGCGGCGCAUAUACAGUGCGAUCUGACGUCUGGAGUGUUGGCUUGACGGUUAUGGAGCUGGCAGUCGGGCGGUUCCCUUUCGACUCGACCGAUUCCGCUGCAGGAGACCGAGCCAGCGCAGGUCCAAUGGGCAUUCUAGAUUUGCUACAGCAGAUCGUGCAUGAGCCGGCACCAAAACUACCCAAAAGCGACGCUUUCCCUCCAAUACUACAUGAUUUUAUAGCCAAGUCUCUGCUGAAAAAGUCCGAUGAGCGACCUACUCCGAGGGAGUUAUACGACAAGGACGCCUUUCUGCAAGCGGCCAAGCGAACUCCAGUCGAUCUCCAAAAGUGGGCUCGCAAGAUGAUGCAAACCCAGGACCGUCAUUCUUAUCUGGAGCCACCCGCUCCAGCAUCUCUGAAAGCCACCCCUUCGUCUCGAAGUACAUCCCCAGAUCCAGCAUCUCGAGAAACACCGCGCACUUUUACAUCAACACAAGCCACCUCGCAUGCCACUCCCACUUCAACACACGCCACGCAUGCCACUACCACAUUUGGGGAAAUUCCCGUCAGAAAUGAUAUUCCUUCAGCAAAGAACUAUCAGCCUUCACUACAUAGUGCCAAUCACAGUGCUCAUCCUCUCAGUUCCACCAGACAAGCGCCGUUCCUAUCCCUUGAACAUUUGUCAUUAGAAGGAGAAGAUUCCCGCGAGAGAACUCGCCCCCUUCGCAGUUAUACUGGGGAGCCUCGUUCUGCAAUCGACGCACCAUCAAGACCACAGUUUCCCCGAACUUUGAGCUCCACACAUCAAGGCGGCCUGCACACGGCGACUCUCCCUAUGGGAGCAGCGCCUCCGCCGUCGGGUCCGCUACCGCCGCCACCCUCGACUGCAGAAUCAUGGCGAAACCAAUACAGAACACGAGAGAACAUGACCUAA